AUGAUGUCCUCCAUCUCAAGGGGGAUCUUGCUGCUGGUAGGCCUGUGCUGCCUGGUCCCCAGCUUCCUGGCUGAGGAUGCCCAGGAGACAGAUGCCUCCCAGCAGGAUCAGGAGCACCAAGCCUGCUGUAAGAUCGCUUCAAAUCUGGCAGACUUCGCCUUAAGCCUGUACCGGGAGCUGGUCCAUGAGUCCAAUACGACCAACAUCUUCUUCUCCCCCGUGAGCAUUGCUACAGCCUUCGCUAUGCUUUCUCUGGGCACCAAGGGUGCCACUCACACCCAGAUUCUAGAAGGCCUGGAGUUCAACCUCACACAAAUAGCAGAGGGUGAGAUCCACAAGGGCUUCCAUCACGUCCUCCAGACCCUCAACAAGCCAGACAAUGAGCUUCAGCUGACCACAGGCAAUGGCCUGUUCAUCCACGACAAUCUGAAGCUGGUGGCGACGUUCCUGGAAGAGGCCAAGAACAAUUACCACUCAGAAGCCUUCUCCCUCAAUUUCACAGACUCGGAAGAGGCCAAGAAAGUGAUCAAUGCUUUUGUGGAGAAGGGAACCCAGGGAAAGAUAGUUGACUUAGUGAAGGACCUUGACAAAGACACAGUUCUUGCCAUGGUGAAUUACAUUUUCUUUAAAGGCAAGUGGAAGAAGCCCUUCAGGGCAGAGAACACUGAGGAAGCUGACUUCCACGUGGACCAGAGCACCACGGUGAAGGUGCCCAUGAUGAAGCGCCUGGGCAUGUUUGAUGUGCACCAUUGCAGCACUCUGUCCAGCUGGGUGCUGCUGAUGGAUUACUUGGGCAACGCCACUGCCAUCUUCAUCCUGCCUGAUGAAGGCAAGAUGCAGCAUCUGGAGCAAACUCUCAACAAGGAAAUCAUUUCCAAGUUCCUGGAGAACAGACACACAAGGUCAGCCAAUCUACACUUCCCCAAACUGUCCAUCUCGGGAACCUAUGACUUGAAGACAGCCCUGAAUGCGCUGGGCAUCACCCAGGUCUUCAGCAACAAGGCCGACCUUUCUGGGAUCACAGAGGAUGCUCCCCUGAAGCUUGGCAAGGCUGUGCACAAGGCUGUGCUGACCCUUGAUGAGAGAGGGACAGAAGCUGCAGGGGCCACAGUUUUUGAAAUCAUCCCCAUGUCCGUUCCCCCUGAGGUGAUCUUUAACAGCCCUUUCCUUGCCAUAAUAUAUGAUAGACAGACUCAGAGCCCCCUCUUUGUGGGAAAAGUGGUGGAUCCCACACAUUAA